AUGUCCAGUCAAGACCGCAAUUGCUUCUGUAAAUCAGAAGCUCCAUCAGAUCAAUGCGAGAUCCUCUCACCCCCCUUCUCAACCGCAAAACCUGGCCACUACACCUGCAACAUCGAAUACCUGGGAAACCCCUACUCCAUCACCUGGACCGGUUCACAAAUACAUCCCGACCUCUCACUCUUCCCGAACGGACCCGACUACAAGCCUCAGAAAAUCGCUCUAAGCCCAGAGAUCUCUGCUAUUUGGUCUACAUCUAAAUUGGUCAACUGUGGCGCUGAUGCUGUUUUGAGAUGCAGUCACAAAGUUAUAUAUCCCAUCAUCAAGCUCGCUCAUCCUGGAAGAGAGUUUCGGUUGAGGAUUCAGCAUGAAAUUGAGAUGAUGAGGGAAAUGAAUGCGGGUGAGCAGUCACUGCCAAUACCGAAAGUUGACAAGCAUGCACACUUCGACGAGCAAGGUAUUUUUGGCUAUCGGAUGGAGUAUUUGAUCAGACUUGAGAUGGGUGAACUUGUACGGAGGAUGUCGGAGGUUAGAGAUGCUGUGGCUCGCUUGCAUAGAGCGGGCUUUUCGCAUGGUGAUUUGGGCAAUCCGACUAAUAUUAUGAAGAGCAAGGAGGGAGAUAUCGUGCUCAUUGAUUUUGGUUGUGCUGGGAAGAUUGGUAGGAGUGUGCCGGGAGCUGUGCCUUACUGGGUGUAUCAGGGUGCAAUUGUCACCGCAGAUACAGACUUACAGGCCCUGGAGCGGCUAGCGGCGUCGAACUUAUGAUCGAAUGAGGG